AUGUGGUACACAUCCCCUUAUUAUACCUCUAUUAACAAUGUUCACGGUCGCUUAACCAUGCGGCGUGUAAUGACACGUUUUUGGAGUCCUUUUUGUCGACGAAUUACCGGACCAGAUUUACGUGCAUAUGGAUUUCAUGAAGUCUUCAACAGUAUACGAACACAUGAUGAUGAUUUUACUUGUCAAGUAAAUGGCCAAGUUGGGGAUGCGAAACUUGUUGAGGAUUUUUUCAUCCUUCUUCUUUGUGGUUUUAACAUUAUGGAUGUAAAGUUGGAGAAUUCAUCAAUGACGGAUGCCAUUAAUGAUUCCUGCAAUUUUAAAGGUACAUAUACGUUAGAACACGCACGGCCGUUUCUUGGAUGGUCUCCCACAUCUGUGAAUACUUCAUCCAAUCUAAAAAUUUCCUCACCCCUUCUUUCCUUCCCAACUCCUAAUUGCUCUACUCCAAUUACUAAUACUACUACUAAUACUACUGCCGCUACAGCUUUUACUAGUGGUGAUAGUAAUAGUAUGAAUAGUAGUAGUUGUGAUGGUGAUAGUGAUAUCACUGCGGUGAAGAGACGGCUGGAUGCCCCGCCGCCGCCGUUGCUGCUGCGCGUCCCCUUCACAGCGCGGCUGGAGGGCUCCGAGAGGGGCAUUUCGCACAUGAUCCUCCGCUCGCCGGCCCUCAAUCUCGUCGCCGCCCACCACAGCUGCCCGCCCGCAGUGCGGAGUUGUCUGCAGAACUCAGACGCGAUGCAGGCACUCGUGCGUCUGCGCCGUGCGAAUGUGCGACCAGAUAUCAUCACCGACAAGACGUUGAUGUCUAUUGGCGCACGAAAGGAGGCGUGGAGCUCUGCAAUGGGUAUUCUAUAG